AUGAUCUGGAUACUUCAAGUAUUGUUCUCACCGCUCCCAACACCAGCAUUGAUCACUCUCAUUGCAUUUGGAGCUGCCAUCUUCCUGUGGGUGAUAAGCAGGCCAAAACCCAUUUUACCUCCUGUUGAUUUGAACAAGCAGUCAAUAGGAAUUGAGGGAGGAGCCAGAAGAGGUGCACUCUUGACAGAUAAUAACCUGCUUUCUUAUUACUUUGAAGAUGCUAAAACCCUGUAUGAAGUUUUCCAGAGAGGAGUGAGUAUUUCCGGAAAUGGUGGCUGUCUAGGCUACAGGAAACCCAAGCAACCUUAUCAGUGGCUGACAUAUAAACAGGUUUCAGACAGAACUAAAUACCUGGGAUCAGGGCUUCUGCAAAAAGGAUGCAAACCAUCAUCAGACCAAUAUAUUGGCAUUUUUGCUCAGAAUAGGCCAGAGUGGAUCAUUUCAGAGUAUGCCUGCUACACCUACUCAAUGGUUGCUGUUCCACUCUAUGACACUUUGGGACCAGAGGCCAUUGUAUAUAUUGUUAACAAAGCUGAAAUAAGCGUGGUGAUCUGUGACACGCCUGCAAAGGCAGAGGUCUUGCUUAAGAACUGUGAGGAAAAAAAGACCCCAUGUCUGAAGAUCAUUAUUCUCAUGGAUCUCUUUGAUAAAGAGCUCCAGGACAGAGGAGCUAAAGUGGGAAUUGAAAUUCUGUCACUGCAGGAGGUUGAGGAGCUGGGAAGAAACAACAUCAAAGAUCCAGUUCCCCCUAAACCUGAAGAUCUCUCUGUUGUGUGUUUUACAAGUGGAACCACAGGUAACCCCAAAGGAGCCAUGCUGACACAUCAGAAUGUUGUUUCAAAUGCUGCUGCCUUCCUUAGAUGCACAGAGAACACAAUUGAGUGUACAAGUUCAGAUGUUGCCAUUUCCUAUCUUCCUUUGGCUCACAUGUUUGAGAGAGUUGUACAGGCUGUGGUAUACAGCUGUGGAGCAAAAGUAGGCUUCUUCCAAGGAGAUAUCAGGCUGCUAACAGAUGACAUGAAAACCUUGAAGCCAACAUUAUUUCCAGUUGUACCAAGACUGCUCAAUCGAAUGUAUGACAAGAUCCAGAGUGGUGCAAACACCCCAGUAAAGAAUUUCAUGUUGAAAUUUGCUGUGUUUAUGAAGAUGGCUGAAAUAAAACAGGGCAUCAUUCGAAAUGACAGCAUUUGGGACAAGCUAGUCUUCAAAAAAGUUCAGGAAACCAUGGGUGGAAAAGUGCGUAUCAUGGUGACGGGUGCAGCCCCUAUAUCUCCCUCUGUCCUGACAUUUCUUAGAGCAGCAUUAGGCUGCCAGAUCUUUGAAGGUUAUGGCCAGACUGAAUGCUCAGCUGGAUCCACUUUCUCAAUGCCUGGAGACUGGACAACAGGCCAUGUUGGAGCCCCUCUGGCUUGUAAUAUCAUAAAACUAGAUGAUGUGGAAGAAAUGAGUUACUUCUCUUCUAACAAUGAAGGCGAGGUCUGCAUUAAAGGACCAAAUGUGUUCAAGGGUUAUCUGAAAGACCCUGAGAAGACAGCAGAAGCAAUUGAUAAAGAUGGCUGGCUCCACACUGGAGACAUAGGGAAAUGGUUGCCAAAUGGAACGCUGAAGAUCAUUGAUAGGAAGAAGAAUAUAUUUAAACUUGCACAAGGAGAAUACAUUGCUCCAGAGAAGAUAGAAAAUGUCUAUAUUGAAAGUGCUGCUGUAGCCCAGGUCUUUGUACAUGGUGAAAGUCUGAGGUCUUUCCUUGUAGGUAUAGUGGUUCCUGAUGCUGAGAUGCUUCCAGAAUUUGCAGGAAAACUGGGAGUAAAAGGUUCCUUUGAAGAGCUCUGCAAAAACCCUGCAGUGAAGAAAGCUAUUUUAGAUGAUAUGAUCAGACUGGGGAGAGAGGCUGGCCUUAAGUCCUUUGAACAAGUUAAAGACCUGUACAUCCAUACAGAGUUGUUCUCUGUAGAAAAUGGACUCUUGACACCAACACUGAAGGCAAAGCGAGGAGACGUUGUUAAAUUCUUCCAGAAGGAGAUUGAUGCCCUCUAUUCAUCAAGUCAGGAAUAAAUGACCAGUUUAAUUUAAACUGCAUGGAGU